AUGGCGAGCGGUGGUGAAGCGAGGCUAAAGUACGUGGAGGCGCCGGCGUCUUUUAAAUCUGUGGUGUGGAGACAUUUCGAUUUUGCGGUUGAGUAUAAUGCCGGGGAAGAAAAAAUGGUAAACAAAAAAAUGACUGUCUGCAAGCAUUGUUUUACACGUGUAGCCUACUCAAACGGAAACACGUCCAAUAUGAUUGCACAUCUGCGGCGCCAUCACCCAGCAAUAUCAAUGUCUGAAUGCAGGAUAGCAGAGCAGGUAAUAAAGUCCUCCAAAAAACAACAGUCCCUCGCUGAAUCCUUCCAGGAUACAUACCCAACUGGUUACGAGAGACACAUGAAAAUAACAAAGGCAGUGGGGGUGUUCAUUGCCAAAGAUUUGCAGCCGUUUUUGGUGAUUGGAGAUGCGGGCUUUUGUCAUCUUAUAAAAACACUCGAUCCACGUUACAGACUACCGUCUCGCACUUUUUUUAGCACCGAAAUAAUUCCUGACCUCUAUGAAAAGACAUGCAACAGUAUUGUGUACGAAUUGGCUCAAGCUCAGAGCCCUGCUCUGACCACAGAUGGUUGGACCUCGCGGGCAACCGUGAGUUACCUCACUGUAACUGUUCACUACAUGUCGGAUUGGGAAAUGAAAAGCGCUGUACUCCAAACCCGUCCCCUGUAUGAAAGUCAUACAAGCGCUCAUUUGGCAGAAGAGUUGACAAAUGCAGUGAAUACAUGGAAGUUGAGGAGGCCAAAUAUGUUACUCCCAGUCACCACAGAUAACGCUCCGAAUAUUGUGACUGCAGUUAAUGAAGCUGAUGGGAUGGGGCCACAGAUAAGUUGUUUUGCGCAUGUUGUAAACCUAGCAGCCAAGAAAGCAGUGUCAAUCAACACAGUGUCCCGCCUCCUGGGGAGGGUUAGAAAAAUAGUGACUUUUUUUCAGAAAAGCACCAAAGCCCACCAUGUUUUUACUGUGAAGCAGGAGAUGUUAAACUUGCCCAGACACAAGUUAAUUCAUGAUGUCACAACUCGAUGGAAUACAGUACAUGACAUGUUGGAAAGAUACAUAGAACAGCAGCCCGCCAUCUAUUCUGCCUUACUGGACAAAGAUCUGAAGCUGUCUGUCAAGAACAUAACCAUGUUGAAUGACAGUGAACAGAAACUGGCAGAAGAACUGUUUCAGGUCCUCACACCACUGAAAACAGUGACAACCCUGAUGAGCAGUGAAACAACCCCCACUAUAUCAAUGAUCCUUCCUCUGAAAGAGAUGAUUCUCAAAUCCAUGUCACCAGGAGACCAGGACACUGCAACAGUCAAAGAAGCCAAAGCAGCCAUUACAAAUGACCUGGCAAAGAGGUACACUGACCCUAAUCUUCAUGAUUACCUCCAAAUGGCCACAGCCCUUGACCCCAGGUUUAAAUCGCUGCCUUACCUUGAUGAAGACUCUCGUGAUAAGCUCUACAGGAAUAUAAUCCGUGAAAUUCUGGAGCAUGAACAGCAGUGUCUAGUGGAGAAUCCUGUGCCCUCCAAAAAGGAAGACAAUCCAUCCUCUCCCCCUCCCAAGAAGAAGACAGCAAUGUCAGAGGUAUUUGGGGAGCUUUUCAAAACUGAGGAACAGCAGAGCAGGCCAUUUGCCCAGAUCAUUGAGGAGGAAGUCACCACAUACAAGUUAGCAGACAGUAUUCAUGUGGAUGCUGAUCCAUUCAUAUGGUGGAAAACAAAUGAAUGCAAGUUCCCCCAUGUAGCAAAAGCUGCACAACAACACCUCGGUGUCCCAGGAACCUCUGUUGCGAUUGUCAGAGACAGUCAUGGAAAUGGAACCCCUGUUGCCUAUAUCAUCUUGGGUAAUGAAAAACAGGACACACUUCAGCUGGCACUGGAAAAGCUAAAACCAUCAUUUUCUGUACUUCCAAGGUGCUUUAUGGUUGAUAAAGAUCAGGCUGAAAUCAAUGCCAGCCGGAGAGUGUUCAACGAGUCUGACGUUCUCCUUUGUUGGUACCCUGUAACACAAUCAUUCAAGUUCCAGACUCCCGGUUGCUUCACCACUAUCGGCUCUCCUUCCUUCUCCCUCGCCUUCGGUGCUACCGGAUUAUUCUCCCCGUAUCCACCUACUCCUCCUGUGGCUUGUGUAUCAUUACAGAAGACCAGACCAUACCGGAAGCAUUAUGAAUGUUCCAGCGUCAGAUCCCAUUCGCGAAUUGGUGGAUCUUCUUCGCGCAUCGCUACAGUCCGGCGCCACCGCACCAGCCAUAGCACAGUCUUCUUCUGCGGCCAUAGUCGCAUCUCCCAUGGCCAGCCCAGCGCCCUACUCUGGUUCGUCGGAGAAUUGCACCGGAUUUCUGCUGCAGUGUUCGCUAGUGUUCGAGAUGCAGCCUCAACAAUAUCCCACAGAGCGCUCUAA